GCCCUCUUUUACAUUGACGUCAAGAUCUUUACCAAGAUUAGGGUUUCAUUUCUGUAUUGCAGCAAUUAGCCAGGGAAUGUAUAAAAGGCUUCAGGGAAGCAAGCUAGGACUCCAGAGGGAAAGCACUUUGCACCACAGACAGAUAGCGAGAGAGAGGAGGGAGACAGGGACACACAGAGAGAGGGACAGAAAGUUUGUGUACAAAGACCUUAAAAAAAAGUAGCGUUGCACCUGGUAACACUGGUGACACAGAAAUUAGAGGUCUGCUUAGUGCUUAAAUAGCUGAGAGACAAUGGGACAGGAGAGGAAAGUGAACGAUCUCUGCUUAAAUUUCAUAAUUGCAGGGAAGUAGAAGCACAGCUGCCUCUGUCUUUAACGGACUCAAAAGGGCUAUUGGAUAAGGGAAACAUUUUAGUCUCUGAAAAAGAAAAAGCAGCUCAGAGUAGAAUGAAUUUCAUGCUGAGUUCUGGUUUUGACCAGCCUGAGUAUAUUUAAUAAUUUCUGCUGCCGUUGAGAGAAAGAGGCGGGAGGUGGAGGGGGCUGAUGAGUUUUUUAAAAAUGCCUUUCAUUUUAUUUUAUCUUAUUUUUUAAAUGAGUGCUCAGGGCAAAAAAGGGAGCUGAAGGGAACCCGUUGGAGAGCAGCAGCAGGGAAGAUGGGUCUGUUAAGCGUGGAUUUGCUGAUCGCGCUUCAGAUCUUGCCGGUUUUUUUCUCCAAUUGCCUCUUUCUUGCACUCUACGACUCUGUGAUCCUCCUGAAGCACAUGGUGCUGCUCCUGAGUCGCUCUAAGGCGGCGCGUGGCGAGUGGAGAAGAAUGCUGACCUCGGAGGGACUACGCUGCGUCUGGAAUAGCUUCCUCCUAGAUGCCUACAAACAGGUGAAAUUGGGAGGAGAAGCCCCAAACUCCAAUGUGAUCCACAUAGCUAAUGGCAGCAGCAGCAGCAGUAGCAGAAGGAAAAGUGUUGGCGGGAAAUAUGGAACCAAGUGCCACCUCCUUGACUUUGCCAAUUCAGAGCGCCCGCUGGUGGUUAACUUUGGUUCAGCCACCUGACCCCCAUUCACGAGCCAGCUGUCGGCCUUUGGCAAGCUGGUGGAGGAGUUCUCAGGUGUGGCCGAUUUCCUGUUGGUCUACAUCGAUGAGGCUCACCCAUCGGAUGGCUGGGCUGCCCCUGGGAUCUCCCCCUCCUCAUUUGAGGUGAGGAAGCACAGGAACCAGGAAGACCGAUGUGCUGCUGCUAACCAGCUCCUGGAGCGGUUUUCCUUGCCACCCCAGUGCCAAGUGGUAGCUGACUGCAUGGACAAUAAUGCCAAUGUGGCCUAUGGGGUCUCCUUUGAACGAGUGUGCAUCGUGCAGAGACAGAAAAUUGCCUACCUGGGGGGCAAGGGCCCCUUUUUCUACAACCUCCAGGAAGUCCGGCUUUGGCUGGAGCAAAACUUCAGCAAGAGAUGAAAUCCAGUCUAAGUUGAACAAAGUGUGUCAAGAGCCUUGUCCCUUUAAAGUGAUAUAAAAGGGAAAAAAAACACACUGUUUUACAAUAGGUCUUUUGGGGCCUGUUGCAGGAGAACAGGUUCAAUAAUAAGGUCAAAUGAAUGCAAGCCAGGAAAAAAACAAAAAAAAAACCCAAGCACAUAAAAAGAGAAUUGUGUGAGACAAUCCUACUCCUGUCUUCUUAACAGGGCAGAAAAGGCCACUGUGAAAAGUGCUGCUGCUGCGCAUGAAAGGUGGUGGGAUGAGAUUUCUCACCCAUCCUUUUAACAACAUGUUGACUUUAGGUUCAGAAGAAAGCAUUGCUUCCUGGAAGGCGAUUCUGCGGAGAGGCAACCUCAUGUAUUUGAUCAGGGACAUCUCACUUUUCCAUUGAGGCCUGUGUAGGCAACUUGCCAGCAACCUGGGACCUUCAAUUAAUUUGCAUAAAAUGGAGUGGAUUAUGACUGCCUUCCUGUUUUGAUAGAGAUGUAUGACCCAGCAGAGACUACAAGAUCCACCAUGCAGUGCAAACUGGCUGCUCAGUUCAAGAUGAAACAUUGUAUGUGGAUUUUGGUACUCUCUACAGGCAGCCUCUCUGCAUUGUGUGUGUGUACAGUACGCACACAUACACACACACACAAACACACACACACACUCUUAGGCUUCUGUAUGUUAACAAUUAAAUUGGCAGCAGGCCACACCAUAGAACUCCAUAGGCUGCAUUUGGCUCUCAGGCUACACCUUGGUCACCACUGUGAGACAGAGAAGGAGAGAGAGAGAGAGUGAAGAAAAGCAGUGAUGGGCGGGCGGGAGAGGGAGAAGGAUACAGAUGAAAGAGUCUGCAAGAUCCUAAGAUCAAAGGAGUGAGGGAGAAAGAAACAGAGAUUGUAUAAUAAAACUAUAACUUUUCACUUUGAAAAUUCAGAAAGUGGGAUUAUUUGUCACCAACACACACAGAUAUACACACACAGCGAAGAGUUCAGCUGAUGCCAGCCUUCAAUAUGUGGGACUGAAAAGAUGUAUUCAUUGCUGCUUUUUACUUUUUCUUUCUUAAAGAGAAACAGCAGAGAGAGAGAGAGAGAGAGA